ACCGGUGCCACUGGUUACAUUGGCGGAGAUGUCCUUUAUGCCGUGCACCAGGCACAUCCCGAUUGGCAGUACUCCCUUUUGGUUCGAAGCAAGGACAAAGCAGCCCCGGUUACUAGCAAGUACCCUAAUGUGAGGACCGUGCUUGGAGAUCUCGACUCGUCCGACGUUAUUGAGGAAGAGGUCAAGAACGCCGACAUUGUACUCCAUUGUGCCAACUGCGACCAUGUCGCAUCUGCAGAGGCAAUCGCAAAGGGUGCCGCCCACCACACUCCUGAAAAGCCGGUGUGGGUGAUCCACACCUCCGGCACUGGCAUUCUCACCGUUGAGGAUUUCCGCAGCAACACCUGGGGCUUUUACCGUUCGAAGGAGCACAACGACUGGGAUGGCGUCGAUGAGCUCCUUAACCUCCCCGACGACUCCUUUCACCGCAAUGUCGACAAGAUCAUCAUCGAGGCCAGCCAGCGGAACCCGGAAAGUGUCAAGACGGCGAUCGUCUGCCCUCCCACUAUCUACGGUCCGGGCCGUGGACCUGGUAACCAGAAGAGCGUUCAGGCAUACUGGCUCUCCGCUGCUGUGCUGAAGAGAAAGAAGGGAUUCUUGGUGGGUGAAGGCAAGAACAUUUGGCAUCAGGUCCACGUCCAGGACCUCAGUGACGUAUAUGGUGCUUUGGCAGACGCUGCCGCCGCCGGUGGUGGAAAGGCCACGUGGAACGAUAAGGGCUACUAUCUUGCUGAGAACGGGCCAUUUGUUUGGGGCGAUAUCCAGCGCGAAGUGGCUAAAGUCGCCUAUGAGAAGAAGCUGAUUCCCUCUCCUGAUGUUGAAUCCCUGUCGGAUGCGCAGGUCACGGAGUUGAACGAGUUUGGGCUGUAUGCUUGGGGAAGUAGCUCUAGAGGCCAUGCUCUUCGAGCCAGGAAAUUGUUUGGAUGGUCCCCGAGCAAGCCUAGCCUGAAGGAGCUUAUUCCUGAGAUUGUGGACGUCGAAGCUAAGGCCUUGGGUUUGCUGUAG